GCGCGCGCCAGCGGUGUGUGAGAGACGCGCGGGUUUUGUGAUGAUAGAGAACGUCACUUUCCACCACGAAGGAUUCUUCUGGAGAUGUUGGUUUAAUGGGAUUGCUGAAGAGAAUGAUUCCAGUAUCUGGAAGUUCUGGUACACCAAUCAGCCACCAUCCAAGAACUGCGCACAUGCUUACCUGUCACCAUAUCCCUUCAUGAGGGGCGAGCACAACUCAACUUCCUAUGAUUCUGCUAUUAUUUACCGUGGUUUCUGGGCAGUCCUGAUGCUUCUGGGGGUCGUCGCCGUGGUGACUGCGAGCUUUCUGAUCAUCUGUGCAGCCCCCUUCGCGAGCCACGUUCUCUAUAAAGCCGGUGGAGGCGGGUACAUUGCUGCAGGCAUCCUGUUCUCCCUGGUGGUGAUGCUGUAUGUCAUCUGGGUCCAGGCAGUGGCUGACAUGGAAGGCUACAAAAAUAUGAAAAUGAGAGACUGCUUGGAGUUCACCCCUUCUAUUCUGUAUGGCUGGUCAUUUUUCCUGGCCCCGGCGGGGAUAUUUUUUUCUUUAUUAGCUGGAUUACUGUUUCUAGUUAUUGGGCGGCAUAUACAGACACAUCACUAAUCAAACCGUUGCCACCACCGUUUUUUUGAGAGGUUUUAAAACAGCACUUUUUUUUUUUUUCCAUUUUGUUCUGGUGAUCCCAGUGUAGAAUUAUUAGAUGAGCUCUUUAGUUAGUGUUUGAAUUUUGCUUUUACAUUUUACUUGUGAUUUCUGCUAAUAGGAAAGUCUUAGAAUCUUUCCAGACAUCCACGUUUCCAUCCUCUGUAGGUGCUAUCAAGAACCUAGGUCUCUAAGGAGCAGGUAACAUGGGCUUCCCUCUCAUUGCAACUGUUAGAGCUCACACAGGUUACAAAGGCCUGAUAAUGGCAUGACACCACCACCUGGGCCAGUGAAGAUUUGAUUUAAAGCUUCCUUCUUGGCAUUCACUUCUGUUAUUAAAAAAAAAAAAAAAUCUUUGGGGAAUAAUUAAGAACAGAAAACAAAUGUUGUCAGAGAACUUACCCCAUUUCUUCUCCACACACAUGCAUCUCCACAUACACAUUACUGACUCCUGUAAGAUAAUUAUUUAUGACUUAAAAAUAAAUAACAGUGUGCUUGUGGCAAGAGCCAGGCAAACCCAUCAGUUCAAACGGACCACAACCUGACUGAGGACAUGUACUUACUCCACUCUCUUACCAACAGGAGUUUGGUCACUUAAUUCUAUUCCCUUAAUUGUGCAUGCUUACAUAACCUUAAACUAUGUUUAAAAGUGGCAAAUCUGUUCACCAAAUUACAUAUAAUGCAGACUGGAUUUUUAGGAGCUCAGUGGAUUAAUUAUAUGUAAUAUGGUUGAAAAUAUGUAAAAACCAGGCACCUUAGCUUAGUACUUAGUUCUGUUUGAUAUUUUAAAAUUCCUCCUUAAAAUUAUAUGCUAAUAUGUUCAGCAUGGAAAAUUUAUUGAUAAAAUGUGCUUUUAAUAUGCACUAGCUAUAAACUUUCAAAAUAUUUCCAUAUGAAAUGAUAAUAGCCUUGCUUUAUUAAAGACUAUGAAAUAUUAAC